AAGUAGAUGAGAAGAGUCUCUGCUAGAGGAGGGUAAGCGGAAGCUGUGAGUGUUGUGUUGUCACUCUCAGUGAAGAUGUCUGGACACGAUCAUCUCUCCUUCUGUCUGUGUGAUUUGAUCAGGUUGCUGUGGUCUCUGCUGUUGCCGUGUUUCUGCCUGUGCCUCGUUCUUACGGGGUUGCUGUUCCUGCUGAUCGUGGGAGUGCGGGCGUGGCUCCAGUCCAACAGGAAAGCGCGGAGAGCUCAAGACGGACGGCCUGCCGUCGCAUUCUUCCACCCGUACUGCAACGCUGGAGGUGGAGGAGAGAGAGUGCUGUGGUGUGCUAUAAGAGCCCUGCAGAAUAGGUACCAGGAUGUGGAUUUUGUCAUCUACACCGGAGACCAGGGAGUGACGGCUGAGCAGAUUCUGGAUGGCGCUCGUCGCCGAUUCAACAUCCGUCUACCACGGCCUGUCCGCUUCGUCUUCUUGAAACAUCGCCUCCUGGUGGAGGCCAGUCUGUAUCCGCACUUCACUCUGCUGGGUCAGAGCAUUGGCUCACUCUUCCUGGGUUGGGAGGCGCUCACGGCCUUCACUCCGGACCUCUACAUCGACUCCAUGGGCUACGCCUUCACACUGCCUGUGUUCCGCUUGGGCGGCUGCAGAGUGGGCAGCUAUGUCCACUACCCCACCAUCAGCACAGACAUGCUCUCUGUGGUCCGGGAGAGGAACUCAAAGUUCAACAACGCAGACUACAUCACCAAUAACCCUGUGCUGAGUGCCAUAAAGGUGGUUUACUACUGUGCCUUCGCGCUGCUAUACGGGCUGGCCGGCUCUUGCAGCGAUGUGGUCAUGGUCAACUCCACCUGGACGCUGGGCCACAUCCUUGCACUUUGGCGCGCCCCCAACCGCACCAGCGUGGUGUACCCACCCUGCGACGUCCAGGCGUUCCUCGACAUCCCUCUGGAGGAGGAAGAGGAGCAGGAUGCAGGCGAGAAGUGCCACUCUGUGGUGUCGGUGGCCCAGUUCCGGCCAGAGAAGGACCACCAGCUACAGAUCAGGGCCUUCCGGAAAUUUCUAGACAGGAAAGAAUCAGAGCCUGGAGGGAGGGAGUCAGUGAAACUGGUGCUGAUUGGAGGAUGUCGGAACCAGGAAGACGAGGACAGGGUGCUGAUGCUGAGGGGGCUGUGCCAAGAGCUGGGCGUGGGUGACAGAGUGGAGUUCAAACUCAACAUUCCAUUUGAGGAGCUGAAGAAGGAAUUGGUGGAGGCUACGAUCGGCCUGCACACCAUGUGGAACGAACAUUUUGGCAUUGGUGUGGUUGAGUGCAUGGCUGCUGGGACGGUCAUCCUGGCCCACAAAUCUGGUGGGCCCAAGCUGGACAUUGUGGUACCACACGAUGGUGGUCCGACAGGCUUUCUGGCUGAUGAUGAGGACAGUUAUGCUGAGGCCAUGGAGCGGAUCCUCAGCCUGACACCCAGCGCACGCUUGGACAUCCGGAGAAGAGCACGGCAAUCAGUCACCCGCUUUUCCGACCACGAGUUUGAGGUGUCUUUCCUGGCAGCCAUGGAGCCACUGAUGGGCACUCUGGAGCGAUGAGAGCUGGAGAGAGCGAAGGGACUUUAUAUUCCCCUGCUAACAGCUCAUGAAUGCUGACUUACUGUAGACUCUUUCACAUAUAAUCCAUAAUGCUCAUGAAGGUUAAGACCAGAGCACGGCUGACCAAACAAACGCCAACAAACAAUCUAGUGUUGGCAGUUGUUUUAGAAUGUUUCAAAAAUGGGAAUGUAGAAGACAUCGAGAACACUCAGAAUGGGAGCAAGAUGUUCUAGAACCGUGUGAAUGGGGCCAGAACAGUGUUUGUUAAUUGAGCAUUUCACGGUAAGACUUCAGUGUUUAGUUGUCAACAUCAGUUUUGGAAGUUGACAGUGGGGCCAGGUUCCAUUCUAGAACAGUGUAAAAGGGUUCUAGAAUGGUGUAAAUGAGGGAGAACAUUCUAAGACAGGUUAAACCGAGUGGGUGGCAUUCUAGGACAUGGUUAUUAGGUGAAAACAUUCUAGAACACCAUGAAUGGUAAUGACAUUCUAGAACAGGCUGAAUGGGCAAGGACAUUCUAGAACUGCAUGAAUGGGGAAGAACAUUGUACAACAAGCUAAAAGGGUGAAAUUCUAGAACAUGGUGAACAGUGAACGGAGUGAGAACAUUUUAGAACGUUGUGAAUGGUGGGGGGGACAUUAAAUCAGCAACCACACACAGGUUUAGGUUUGUUGGUGUUUGUUUGCUCGGUGUGCUCUGGCCUUUACCCAGUACCUACCUAUAGACCCACCAUUCCUGUACAUUCUAGAACAGACUUUCAACAUUCUGCUUCUAGAAUACAUGAGAAUCCAUGUGGAUUUUAUUUGUGGAAAAAUUGUGUUAUGUGUCCUUAGGAGUUGAAUUGUGGGAAAUGCAGUUCAGAGAAAAACCUGUAGGGGGUGUGUGUGGAGUAAUACCAUGAACAGUAAUUGAUACAAAUUUCCCUGCCGUUACAAAAGAACAGAAAAAGUGCUGAAACACAAUUAUAACGGAGGCCAAUGGGCAGUUGCUGAAUUCCGUAUGUUAAUAAGAAACACUGUCAUGCAUUCUUGUCAGGCUGUAAAUCUGUACUGUUUGCUCUGUCAGAGAGAAGACUGGCCAGCAUAGUGGCCAGAGAUUUCACAGGCCCCUGCCUGAGAUACUUGGAAAUCUUAGGAAACACUAAAGUAACAGGGACUGCUUUUUAAUGAAGCAAAUGCUGGAGGAUCCCUUUUCAAGGAGCUGCCUAACUACCAGAUCUAGUUUCAUAGUACGUACAAACCGUCCUUUAGCCAUUAUAACAGAAUCUGGUCAUGGAUCAACUGUACAGGGGCACAGUGGAAAGCAGGGAAAAGUUGACCGACCUUGUCUUGAGUCCAGUGCACACAAACUGCAAACAAACAAAAGGACACUGUUUGUUUUGUUUUGUCUCAGAACACAGUCCUACCUGCUGCUGCUGCAUUGCUGGUCUUUAUAUGUAACUUUUUUCUCUGCCUUUGGCUUAAUUUGUUCUUGCUCCCGCUUGCAUCAGAGACUGCUUACAGCGGUCCUUCCUUAACUCAUUGUAGGGCACCUGCCUAAUAGUGAUUACUUGAUAGUUUCCCCCCCUUUUUGGUUUAUCCUUGAGGAAAAGUCUUUAGCAUAUAUUUUGGAACACUGGGGUUUAUCACUGAAAACAAUCAGAAUGAAUGCGAACGUGUACUGAUACAAAAGUCAUAUUUAUUAGAUUGUUUACAAUAAAUUAUAUGAAGAAAG